AUGAAAGAAAUACUUGCGGAAAUAUUAUAUGAAAUAUGUAAUUAUUUAACACCUUUAGAUCUUUAUUCACUUUCUUCGGUGUGUAAACAAUAUAGAAAAUACUUAUGGUCAAGCGCACCUAAAAUUCAAAAAAUAUGGGAGAGAUCAAGAAUAGUAAUGUUAGAGUAUCCAAAAUUUCCACCACCAAAUGGAAUGUCAGAACAAGAAUAUGUUUGGUUCACGCUUAUUGCUGAUAAAUGUUCAAUUUGUUCCGUUAAGUUGAACCCAACAUUUAUUUAUAGAUAUUGGCAAUUUAAAAUACAUUGUUGUAAUCGUUGUCUUUUAGAAUCGACCAUUAGUAAUCCAGAAGAUGAUAAAGAAGAAGAUCUAAAUCUAUAUAACAAUGAUAAUGUUCCUAAUAUUAUCAGUUAUAUUAAUAAUACUAUUAACGAUAUUAACAACGAUCUUAAUGCAAUAGGCAAUCAUAUUAAUAUUAUUAAUCAUCAUAGUGAUGAUAAUAUUUCUUCUAAUAUUUCCUCAUCUAAUAAUACUCUCUUACUUGAUAAUAUUUACUCAUAUAAUAACACUCGCUCAUCUAAUACUUCUUUGCUUGAUAUUGUCACCAAUAAUACCUUUAAUAUUUCAUCUUCAUCUUUUUCUUAUCCAAAAGAAAUUUUUGAAUGUCUUCUCGCAAUCAAUCAUCCAGCGCUAGUUGGCAAUAGAAAAUUUAAAAAACUUUAUUGGGCUAAAGAAGUGGAAUCAGCUUAUAAGGAAUGGUGUAAUUUAGCAGUGGCAGACGAUUAUGAUGAUAAAAAUAAACAAUAUUUUAAUGGUGUUAUUUUUGCUACAACUGAAUCUGUUGUAGAUAACGAGGUGUAG